AUGAGCGCCACAACGCUUGUGCUUGCCGUUGUCGUCGUUAUUCUUCUAUAUCUACUUUUCAAGAAAUAUGCAUCCGCAGCACCAACAACAGAACAAAUCAGAAGCGAGAGUCAGUCUUCAAUGAUCGACGAGAAUCGCGAAGAGGUUCAGUUUCGGAUGUUGAAUUUUCAAAUUAAUUCAUGACAACAACAACAACAAGGCAAGGCUGAAGCAGAGGACAGUUCUGGAAGGGCGUUGCAAGGUGAUCUUCAUACCGGUAAAGCGAAAUCGAUGGAAAGCGACGCCCAUUCGGGCAAGGGAAAAUCCGAUGAAUCAAAUGAAGUUAGGAAAGUGGUUGAGUUGGAUCUUCAUACGGGUAGAGUGAAAUCAGAAGAUAUCCACACGGGUAGAGGUAAGUCCAAAGAAGACGCGCAGUCAGAUUUACACGCUAAAAGAGCAAAACCUAAGGAGCGAGCAGAUGAACUCGAUCUGCAUACGGGCAAAGUGAUCUCGCGAGAAGCUGUCCGUACAGGUAGAAGAAAGUCAAAGGAAGUAAGUGAACUCGACCUACACACAGGUAAAGCGAAAUCCAAAGAAGAUGCAGUUGCAGUGGCCUCAGCACGUGCUGAGUUGGAUCUUCAUACGGGCAGGCUGACAUCGGCAGAAGAAUCACGUAGAGGCAGAGGCAAAUCGAAGGAGGGCAUGGAGCUAGAUUUGCAUACCGGCAAGACAAAGUCAAAGGAAGAUGCAGCAGGUGCAGGUUCAGGCACUGCAGGGCUUGAUCUGCAUAAAGGCAAGCAACGAUCCAAAGAAAUCAUUCAAACGGCUAGAGAAGGCAUUCAAUCGGGGGAAAACGCGAAACCGGAACCAGAUGUGCAUACGGGUGAAUCAAUACCACCUGAAAUGUUGAAAAGGUUGCAAAUGAAAGCAGGAAAAACCUCAAGAGAGACGGUGACAACAGCAAAGCUCAAGGGUGCGUCUAAAGAAGGUAGUGGUUUGAGCGGUAUGAACGUUCCACCAGCCGAAGUGAAAAGAUCAUUGAGAGAAGGCGAUGAACUGAAUCAGCGAAACAUGAAAGGAGCUGGUAAAGGUGGAGGUUCAAAAGAAUGGGGACCAAUGGGUAAACAGAAGGUGAAACAAUCAGUUUCAUUCUUUUCCCCCUCUCGAAACAAUCCAAACUAG